AUGUCAGCGAAAACCACUAUUCACAUCAACGGCGUCACCGGCUACAUCGGUGGCACGGUCCUCGCUCGCCUGCUCGAGCACCCCAAGCGGUCUACGUUCCGCAUCACUGCCCUUCUUCGCGAUGCCAAGAAGGCAGAAAAGCUGAGAUCGGACUUCGGCGUCGAGCCCAUCGUAGGCAGCCUCGAUGAUGUCGAUCUCAUCGAGAGGGCGGCGAGCGAGGCAGACAUCAUCAUCCCAACCGCCGACUGCGAUCAUGAGCCGUCGUGCAAUGCCAUCCUGCGCGGCGCUAAAAAGCGGUUCGAGGCGACUGGCAAGCGUCCUGCUAUCAUAAACACAUCUGGCACCAGCGCCAUCGCCGUCGACACCAACGGCCUCCAAGCCAGCGAAACCAUCUACGACGACGCCAACGCCGAGCAAAUGGCCUCCCUCCCCAUCACUAACCUCCACCGCGUCGUCGACACCACCCUCAUUGCCGCCGACGCCGAGGGCGGCUACACCUACACCUACAUCCUCAUGCCCGCGACGAUCUGGGGCCACGCCGACCACGCCCUCACCCGCGCGGGCAUCGCGAACUACCGCUCGAUCCAGAUGCCGAACGUCAUCGCGGGCUCGCUCCUGAGGGGCCGCCCGGGCGUGUGGGGGAAGGGCGCGGGCAUCUGGACGAGUGUGGAGAUUGGGGAGCUGGGCGAUUUGUACAUGUUGCUGGUGGAUGCGGUGCUCAGGGAUCCGGCGGGGAUUCCGCAUGGAAGGGAGGGGUACUAUUUUGGCGCGACGGAGGAGCAUUCGUGGUAUGAGGCGAGUCGGGCGAUCGGGGAGGCGAUGGUGGCGCUCGGGAAGACUGACAAUCCCGAGCCGACGUCUUUUACGGACGAGGAGAUCGCCAAGUGGUACAAGGGAUACGACCUGUGCUCGAAUGCACGUGCUAGGCCGACACAUGCUACUGCUCUUGGGUGGAAGCCAAAGCAGAAGAAAGCUGAGUUCCUAGCGAGCCUGCGACGUGAAGUAGAGGGAUGCAUCGAGAAGCCGUUCCCUCUCAAGCCCAUCAGACCGUAA